AUGGGGCGAAAGGCGUAUCAAAAGACUGUUCUGGGAACAGUUGUUGUUGUCUCCUUAGUGUGGCUUUCGGUUACCAUCGUUAUCGUUAUGUAUCACGAGGAACUAAUGAAAUCUCGUAGACUUCGAGAAUAUAACAAACAAUAUGACCAUCUUGAUGAAAUACAUCAUUUAGGACCAUUUUUAAGAAAUGAAGAUUCUCGCAAAUAUCCCGGUGAUAAACUAAGAUUUAAACAUGAUACUCUAUCUGCCGUAAUGAACAACAACCUAACAGCAAACAGAGCGAAAAUGAAAAAUCCCAAUACGAUAGAAAGAAAUAUGAACACCAAUACAAAGAAACCCAGUAUAAAUAAUGAAAGAAAACCAUCUCCGGAAAAGAAAUCUCCAUUUAUUCAGAAACUAAUAGACAGUGUUAAAGAAAGCCCACAAGAUGGUGAUAAGGCUCAUAUUGGUAAGGAUACCGGAAGUGACUUGGACAAUAAUCUGAUUGAGUCAGGUAAAGAUGCAAACAAAGCCAUAGGGGCUGAUAAACCGGAAGCUCCUGAGGUCGCCCCAGAAGAGAAAAACAAACAAAAACAUGCUAUACAGGAAAAACAUCAUGUUCAACAAGAAAAGAAGAAAAUAGAAACAAAGGUCACUAAAAAAACGAUAGAUAAACAAUCAGGUCAGGAACAAAACAAUGAACAAGAGCAACAACAUAAACAAAAAAAGUUACAGGUCGUAAUUAAGGACAGUGGCAUAGGAAAGCCAGGAAAUUCCGGAAAAGACGAUAGAGCCGUACAGGGCAAUCAUGACAAAUCUGCGAACAAUAAUCAUGUGUUUAUGAAUCCACUUGGGCUAGAUUUUGAUGCUAUAGAACCACGGGCACCCUUGGACGCCCCAGGUGAAAUGGGAAAAUCUUAUGCAAUUAAUAAAAAUAAAUUACCACCAGGGGAGAAAGAGAAAUACGAAGAAAUGUUUGAAGAACAUCAGUUCAGUAAAUAUGUCAGCGACAAGAUUUCGGUGAGACGACGACUUUCAGAUGGAAGAUUACAAAGUUGUAAAGAUGUAGUUUACGACAGACCAUUGCCAACCACAAGCAUCAUCAUCUGCUUCCACAACGAGGCUUUUUCCGUAAUGUUACGUACAAUAUGGAGCGUUCUGGACAGAUCCCCGCUUAACCUGAUCAAGGAAAUUAUCCUCGUUGACGACUUCUCUUCUUCUGAAGAGUUAAAGAAACCGCUAGAGGACUACAUUGCUCAGCUGAAGAUCGUAAAGAUUGUGAGAACAAAGAAGAGAGAGGGAUUGAUUCGAGCCAGAUUGUUGGGCUAUUCCGUGGCGACAGGAGAGGUGCUUACUUUUUUAGAUUCCCAUUGUGAAUGUUUUCAUGGCUGGCUGGAACCCUUGUUGACAAGAAUUGCAGAAGAUUCGACCCGAGCCGUAACUCCUGUUAUAAACUCCAUUGGGCACCAUAUGUUCGGGGUGGACCAAAUGCCGGCGCAAAACGUAGGGGUCCUCCAUCUUGAUCAUUUGUCAUUUCAUUGGGACAAAAUACCAGAGCGUGAAAAGAAGCGCCGAACCUCGCCCACAGAACCAUACAGGUCUCCAACCAUGGCUGGUGGUAUAUUCUCCAUAUCUAAAGACUAUUUUGAGCACAUAGGGUUGUACGAUGCUGGGAUGGAAAUUUGGGGCGCUGAAAACGUGGAAAUGUCUAUCAGGAUCUGGACGUGUGGUGGCUCUAUAGAAUUACAUCCAUGCUCGCAUGUGGCCCACAUCUUUCGGUUUAAAAGUCCGUAUAGUUGGGGGAGAGACCCCCAGGUGAUCCUGAAGAAGAAUACAUUACGAAUGGCGGAGGUGUGGCUUGACGAAUACCGAUUCUAUUACUAUGAGGAGCUGCAGUUCAGAUUGGGUAAUUUUGGCGACGUGUCGGAACGGAAAGCUUUAAGACAAAGAUUACAGUGUAGACCUUUCUCUUGGUUUAUAAAAAAUGUCUACCCAGAGGUAGCACUUCCUCAGUCAGUUCUCUAUUCCGGCGAGGUCCGUAAUGUAGCAUAUGACCGUUGUUUGGACACUAUGGGUGUGGCUGCAACACUUCCCAUGGCUCAACACUGUCACGGGCUUGGUGGGAAUCAGUAUUUCAGGUAUUACUCUGACGGUUCGGUGAAUAUGAACGGUAUAUGUUUGUUAGUGAGAGAGAAGGAAAGUGUUGUGGUAUGGAACGCUUGUAAUAGCAGGUCAUCACGGUUUUGGGAUUACACAAAGGACAAUCAUCUAAUGUUACGAGGAACUAAUAUGUGUAUGGAACUGACUGAGGGUAAACAGCGGUUACAGUUAAAUCCUUGCUCAUCUUCGACAGCUCAGAAAUGGAUAUGGACAAGAAAACUGGAGAAUGUCAUUUCCGGAAAAACACCGUAUCUUGGAACUGGUGUUAGAAACAAAUUCAUACAGUAA